AUGGCGACCGCAGGGCUCACGAUCGAUGGCGUUAGAUUUCGCGACUCCGAGGGGCGGGAGGUGACAUUUCGAGGCAUCAAUGUUGCUGGCGACUGCAAACUCCCUAGACACCCGCCGCAACCUUCACACGAGACCCAGGGGUUUUACGACGCUGAAAAUGUCUCCUUUGUUGGACGACCUUUCACCGAGGAAGAGGCGCAUAUACAUUUCGGCAGAAUAAAGAGAUGGGGCUACAAUGUGGUUCGGUAUAUCUUCACGUGGGAGGCACUGGAACACGCUGGGCCAGGGAAUUAUGACGAGGACUUCAUCGACCAUACCAUUAAGAUCCUGCGGAUAGCAAAGUCAUAUGGACUCUACAUCUUCAUGGACCCUCACCAGGAUGUCUGGUCGAGAUUUACAGGCGGUUCCGGCGCACCUCUAUGGACUCUUUACGCUUGUGGGCUGAACCCGGAGGCAUUUAAUGCGACGCAAGCUGCUGUUGUUCACAAUACUUGGCCCGAUCCUGCACAGUUUCCCAAGAUGCUGUGGCCGACGAACUAUACUCGUCUGGCAACUGAGACUACUUUCACAUUAUUUUAUGCUGGCCGGGACUUUGCACCGAAUGCGAUCAUUGACGGCAAGAACAUCCAGGACUAUCUGACCGACCACUUUAUUGCGGCCUGUGCUCGUCUGGCACAGCGAAUACACGACGCGGGUGGCCUGGAGGACGAAUGCAUCAUUGGCUGGGAAACAAUGAAUGAACCACAUCGAGGACUCAUCGGCUGGGAGGAUCUGACUGCCCUGCCAGACGAGUUGAAGAUGAGGAAAGGCACAAUGCCGUCUCCCUGGCAGUCGAUACUGACGGGCUCAGGACGUGCUGUAGAAGUGGACGUUUACGACUUCAACACAUUCGGGCCAUACAAGAGCGGUAGAGAGCUGGUUGACCCUGAAGGCGUGUCCGCAUGGCUGUCGCCCGACUUCGACGACACAAGGUACGGAUGGAAUCGAGAUGCCGGCUGGAAGCUUGGUGAAUGCCUGUGGGCGCAGAACGGUGUCUGGGAUCCAAAGCAAGAGCAGCUCCUGCAGCCGAACUAUUUCGCCUCGAUACCCAAGUCCGGCGAGAAGCUGGACUACAUUAAAUAUACGAACCUAUAUUACAUGCAACAUUUCAGGAAGUACAGGGACGCCAUCCGUUCCAUCCACAAGAACUGCAUGAUUCUGGUACAGUCUGCCGUCCUGGAAAUACCACCCAGCAUAAAAGGCACUCCAGACGACGAGGAUCGACUGAUAUUUGCAAGCCACUACUACGACGGCAUCACGCUCCUCCAGAAACACUGGAACAAGUACUACAAUGUGGACGUCUUUGGCAUUCUCCGACACAAGUACUCGAGCCCUGUCUUCGCCGUCCGUCUAGGCGAGGCAGCGAUCCGCAGGUGCCUGCGCGAUCAACUCAGCGCUAUCAGGGAAGAAGGCAUGGGGUAUCUGGGCGACCAUCCGACGCUGUUUACGGAGAUUGGUAUUCCGUUCGACAUGGACGACAAGUACGCCUACAAAACCGGUGAUUACUCGAGCCAGAUCUCGGCUCUGGACGCCAAUCACUUUGCUCUGGAAGGUUCUGGGGCUCAGGGCUACACCCUAUGGACCUACGUCGUCCAGAACGACCACGAAUGGGGCGAUCAAUGGAACGGCGAAGACCUCUCCAUCGUCUCCGUCGAUGACCCUCUCCUGCCCAGCGCCUCUGACAUCUCGGCCCUGCCCUCCGCCAACCCCUCCACCACAUCCCUAGGCCAACGAUCCGCCGGAACGGGCACCACCAUCGCCGACUCUACCACCAUCGACCCCUCAAACCUCAAGGAUGCGUUGAAGACGCCGACCAUCCAACAACAACCCGGUCGACCGGUCUCCACAUCCCAACCCUUCACCACCCAGCCAAAUACUACCAUUAACACAAACGCAAACACAACGGGCUACCGCGCCGCCGAAGCCUGGGUGCGUCCUUCCCCCAUCGCCACCGUCGGCUCCGUGCAAAGCUACGGCUUCGACCUCAAGAGCGUGACCUUCACCUUCAGCCUCACGUCCGACACUCCGACCAAGGAAACCGUCGCCACCGAAAUCUUUCUCCCGGAGUUCCACUUCCCGCCGGGCAAGACGACCGUCGAGGUCUCGGGCGGGCGAUGGAGGAUCGAUAGCGUCGACGUCGACGGCCAGGGCAUGCAGUUGAUGAAAUGGUGGCAUGGGGCCGGGGACCAGAGCAUGACCGUCAAAGGGAUGAAGAGGAAGGCUGGCGCGCUGAUGGAGGAAGAGGACGAAGUCGACGGCGGUUAUCUCGAGACGAUGAGGGAGAAUUGUAGCGUAAUGUGA